UUCUUAUCUGCACUCACACAAGCUCUGCCUGAAGAAUUUUCAAAUUCAGAAAAUGUACUGCAAAAUAGGAAUUUUUCUCUCGGCAUUACUUUUGAUUAACUUAGUAUCACUUGGUUUUUUGGAAGCUACGCCUGGCAAAGGUUGUCGACCGGGUUUAAUGAUGUGCAACCGUCGAAACGGGAAAAGGCAAGUAAAGCUUGGCACUCAGUUGACACAGCGACGUUUGGAGGCUGACGAUGAAACAUUGAAGACAAUCGCUAACGACAUCCAAGAGUUUGGAGACAGUAAGUACUUGGCUGAGAUGCGAAAAUGUCGACCAGCUUCAAUGUACUGCAAAGGAAAAAAGCGUUUCUUUCAUAGAAAAAAGGUUGAAAAUACUAGUAAUCUGUUUGGGCGAGUAUGGAGAAGAAAUCAAAGAAUAUCUGGAUCUAUGCUUACUGGAAUUUAG